GCAUUCACUUUUUCGUACAACUUCGCGUCCGCCAGCUCGUCAAAUGUCAACACAGGACAAAGCUGUGAAAAUAUACAUUUUUUCGUGUUAAAUUGUGUAAAAAUGGGUCGGUCGCGUUCGCGGAGUCGUUCUCCGCGAAAGCACCACAAAAGUAAACAUCACAAACGCAGCAAAUCCCGAGAAAGGUCAGAACGAAGGUCGACUUCGCACAGCAAAACUUGCAAAAAUUCGGAAAAGGUCAAAGAAAAAAGCUCUAAAUCCAGGAAACGUUCCAAUUCCGUCUCGUCAACGUCGAGCAGUGACGCUUCCGUAGACUUGAGAAGUGAGAAACAUUUGCGGAAGAAAAGCCGUUCGAGGAAGAUGGACGAAGUGGAGCGGUUGGCGGAGAUGGAGAGGCAGAGGCGGCAGCGGGAGGCCGAGCAAAGGUUGAUAGAGGAGGAGACGGCGAAGAGGAUUGAGGAGUUGGUAAAGAAGCGAGUAGAGGAGGAGCUGGAGAAGAGGAAAGAUGAGAUUGAGAAGGAGGUGACGAAACGGGUGGAGGAGGCAAAGAGGAUUAUGGAAAAACAAAUGAUGGAGGAUUUGGAAAGGAGAAGAGAGAAGCAGAGAGAAGAAGAGAAGCGUAGAGAGGAAGAAGAACAACGAAAGCAAGAAAUGGUGGAAAGAAUCUUGGAAGAAAAUCAGAGGAAGAUUGAAGAAGCCCAACGAAAAUUGGCUGAAGAAAGGUUAGCUAUGGUUGAAGAACAGAGAAAAAUGGACGAAGAGAGGCAACGGCUGAGGAAGGAACAGGAAAAGAGAGUGAAAGAGGAACAGAAAAAAAUUUUGGGAAAAAAUAAUUCAAGACCGAAAUUGUCGUUCUCGCUCAAACCUGUUCUAUAAUAGUGAGUGCUGUGUGAGUGACUGAUUUUUAAAUUUUCUAAGGUGGAUCGUGGACUUUUUUAUAUGUACAUAAUUCGCUUAAUUAUAAGCUACAUAAUGAGUUCUAAAACACAUUGUAUUUAUUUUAUUUUUUCUAUUAAUAAGUCUGAUUUAGGACUUAA